GGCCUCUGCGGCGCGGUCCUCGGAGACACGCGGACUUGACCCGCUGUCCAUGGCGGACUACCUGAUUAGCGGGGGCACGUCCUACGUGCCAGACGACGGGCUCACGGCACAGCAGCUGUUUAACUGCGGGGAUGGCCUCACCUACAAUGACUUUCUCAUCCUCCCUGGGUACAUCGACUUCACUGCAGACCAGGUGGACCUGACCUCUGCUCUAACCAAAAAGAUCACUCUGAAGACCCCACUGGUUUCCUCACCCAUGGACACAGUCACCGAGGCUGGGAUGGCCAUAGCAAUGGCGCUUACAGGUGGUAUUGGCUUCAUCCACCACAACUGUACACCUGAAUUCCAGGCCAACGAAGUUCGGAAAGUGAAGAAAUAUGAGCAGGGAUUCAUCACGGAUCCUGUGGUCCUUAGCCCCAAGGAUCGUGUGAGAGAUGUGUUUGAAGCAAAGGCCCGGCAUGGCUUCUGUGGUAUCCCCAUCACCGACACAGGCCGGAUGGGGAGCCGCCUGGUGGGUAUCAUCUCCUCGAGGGACAUUGAUUUUCUCAAGGAGGAGGAGCACGACCGGUUUUUAGAAGAGAUCAUGACGAAGAGGGAAGACUUGGUGGUAGCCCCUGCAGGCAUCACAUUGAAGGAAGCAAAUGAAAUUCUGCAGCGCAGCAAGAAGGGGAAGUUGCCCAUUGUAAAUGAAGACGAUGAGUUGGUGGCCAUCAUUGCCCGGACAGACCUGAAGAAAAACCGAGAUUACCCAUUGGCCUCCAAAGACGCCAAGAAGCAGCUGCUAUGUGGCGCAGCCAUUGGCACUCAUGAGGAUGACAAAUAUCGGCUGGACUUGCUAGCUCAGGCCGGUGUGGAUGUAGUGGUUUUGGACUCUUCCCAGGGAAACUCCAUCUUCCAGAUCAACAUGAUCAAGUACAUCAAAGAGAAAUACUCCAGUCUCCAAGUCAUUGGAGGCAAUGUGGUCACAGCUGCACAGGCCAAGAACCUCAUUGAUGCUGGUGUAGAUGCUCUGCGGGUGGGCAUGGGCAGUGGCUCUAUCUGCAUUACCCAGGAAGUGCUGGCCUGUGGGCGGCCCCAAGCAACAGCAGUGUACAAGGUGUCAGAAUACGCGCGGCGCUUUGGCGUUCCUGUCAUCGCUGAUGGAGGAAUCCAAAAUGUGGGCCAUAUUGCCAAAGCCUUGGCCCUUGGAGCCUCCACAGUCAUGAUGGGCUCCCUCCUGGCUGCUACCACUGAGGCCCCUGGCGAGUACUUCUUCUCCGAUGGGAUCCGACUCAAGAAAUAUCGUGGUAUGGGUUCUCUUGAUGCCAUGGACAAGCAUCUCAGCAGCCAGAACCGAUAUUUCAGUGAAGCUGACAAAAUCAAGGUGGCCCAGGGGGUGUCUGGGGCUGUGCAAGACAAAGGGUCCAUCCACAAAUUUGUCCCCUACCUGAUCGCUGGCAUCCAGCACUCCUGCCAGGACAUUGGUGCCAAGAGUUUGACCCAAGUCCGAGCCAUGAUGUAUUCUGGGGAGCUCAAGUUUGAGAAGAGAACAUCCUCAGCUCAGGUGGAAGGUGGCGUCCACAGCCUCCAUUCGUAUGAGAAGCGGCUUUUCUGAAAAGGGAUACAGCACACCUCCUCAAUUUUUCAAUAAAAGUUUGAAAAAAAGUGAUGCCUGAUCUUUGAG